UGUGAUGACCGUCUAUUUUGGUCGUGAUUCUUCUCCCGGUCCAUUGAACUGUGCACGGCGGUAGAUGAUAACGGGACAGAUAUUAACGGACCCACGCUAUUAGAUGGCCUCUCACGAUUAUUCUCAGACAUCAGGACAAGGGUACGGCUCCUAUGGUGGGGGCGGUGGAGGUAACCAUGGUUACGGCCAGUCGUCCGGUCAGGGCUACAGUCAGCAGGGCUACGGAGGCUACGGCCAGGACUCAGAGGACAGCCCCGGGUCCUACAGCCAGGGUGGCUACGGAGGCUACGCUCAGCCGCAGUCAGGAGGAUACGGCUCUGCUCCCUCCAACCAGGGAGGAGGAGGCGGAGGAGGUGGAGGAGGAGGAGGAGGAGGAGGAGGGGGAGGGUAUGGUCACUCCAGUCAGUCCUACAGCUCUGGAGGAUACAACAGCGGCAACCAGCCAUCCAACAUGAGCUACAACCAGCCGCCGUCUUUCUCUGGGUACAGCCAGCAGCACCAGCAGCAGCCGCCGCCGUCCUCGUCUGCAGGUUAUGAAGGAAACUCCUCAGCUUCCAACUACAACCAGCCUCCCAGCGGUGGGCACGGCGGCGGGGGAGGUUAUGGUGGAGGUCAGGCCGGCGGGUACGGCGGGAGUCACCAGCCGCCGCCUCAACAUGGAGGAGGUGGAGGAGCAGGAGGAGGAUUAGGAGGAGGAGGAGGAGGAGGUCACUACAACCCGCCUCCCAGCUACAACUCCCCUCCUCCGCCCAGCUUCAGCCAGCAGAGCCCGUACAGCCAGGGUGGAGGAUACGGAGAUGAGAGCCCACCCCUGAGCGCAGGAGGUGGAGGGUACGGUGGUCCUGAAGGAGGCUACGGCGGCCAGGAGGGCUGUGGUGGGCGGGGCCGCGGCGGGCCGUUUGGAGGUCGUGGUGGCGGCAGCGGCGGCGGAGGUUACGAUCGCGGUUUUGACCGCGGAGGCCGAGGUGGACUGAGAGGAAGAGGAGGCAUGGGAAUGGGCGAUCGAGGAGGAUUCAAUAAGUUUGGUGGACCCAGAGAGCCGGGACAUCUGCACUCAGGACCCGGCUACAUGCAGGACCAGGAUAACUCCGAUAACAACACCAUCUUCGUCCAAGGCCUGGGGGACGACUACACGGUGGAGUCCGUGGCGGACUUCUUCAAGCAGAUCGGGAUCAUCAAGGUGAACAAGAAGACGGGGAUGCCGAUGAUCAACCUGUACACCGACCGGGACACGGGGAAGCUGAAGGGAGAAGCCACCGUGUCGUUCGACGACCCGCCGUCUGCCAAGGCCGCCAUCGACUGGUUUGACGGAAAGGACUUCAAUGGAAACCCGAUCAAAGUGUCGUUCGCCACCCGCAGGGCCGACUUUGGAGGCCGAGGCGGGAUGAGGGGAGGCCGAGGACGAGGAGGGCCAAUGGGUCGCGGAGGAUUCGGAGGAGGUCGCGGUGGAGGUUUCCCAGGAAGCAACGGGGGAGCGGGAGGAGCGGGAGGGGGCGCACCGGGAGGAGGAGGAUUGGGAGGAGGAGCAGGAGGAGGAGGAGGAGGACAGCAGAGAGCUGGAGACUGGAAGUGUUCAAACCCUAACUGUGGAAACCUGAACUUCUCGUGGCGUAACGAGUGUAACCAGUGCAAGGCGCCGAAGCCGGAGGACGCCGGCGGGAUGCCCCCCAUGGAGAGAGGAGGAUAUGGUGGCGACCGGAGAGGUGGGUUUGAGCGGGGCGGCGGCGGCGGCGGCGGCGGCGGCUUCAGGGGCCGAGGCGGAGACCGUGGAGGCUUCAGGGGACGAGGAGGAGACCGAGGAGGGUACAGCCCUGGAAAGAUGGACGCUAGGGGCGAUCGCAGGCAGGAGCGGCGAGGCCGUCCCUACUAACUGGACAGACGUCCACAUCCUCCACCCGCUGCUCUCAUCUUCUCUUUAACUCCGCUCAUCCUGACCGGUGUGGAGAACCAGCCUGUUCUUGUCCCCGUGUUUGGUGUUUCCUCCUCUGUCAGGGGAAUCAACCCAGAGAAGAGGGUGAAUGCGUGAGGAACGUGGAAAUGUAAAAACCCGUCUGCUUUUCCCAGAUUUCCUAGAUGUGUAGCUGUUAGCGAUGAAACAUCAGCAGGGAAGGCGGAGACGAUCUGCCAGAAGAGAAAACCCACAAUCCUUGAAAUAAAUCCACGUUUAAAAUAAAAAAUGAGUUGAGACAGCAACAGAGAGCACACACUUCAACCAGCUAUCAUGGCAGAUUCACUGAAAUGUCUUUAUUUAUUCAUUUAUUUAUUCAUUAUUUGUUUGAUGUGAACAACUUUAAAGAUUCAACAUGCAUGACUUCAGUCUUCAGUUUCUGCUGCUGCAGCGACACGGUUCACAGAAUCCCUUCAUCAGGAGUUUAGGAUGCAGAGAACUUCUAUUUCCCUCCAGCCAAAUAAAAAACGGUGACGGUGUGUAACGGAUCAGACCAGCUGAAGCUCUGCCAGCUCUGCCGAUUGGCUGAGGCUGAACCUCCGGAGGUGUCUUUGUUUGAUCCUGUGUUUAUGACUUCCUGUCCUGUUGAUGUUUCUAUUGUGAGGAGUUUCAGAUAAAAAUGUGAUCAAAUUCAGUGAGUCCAAGCAUUUUUCUUCACAAGUGAUUCUGCUUCUGUUUAGCAAGCAGCUGGAAGA